AACACUUAUCUGGUGUUAAGCAGCAUGGAUGUCGCCUAAAUCCUCUCUGGCCCAAAUAUCCUAGACAGUACAAGUCAUGUGGCCCGAAUGUACCGCUGUCAGUGGUUCUUGCUUUCUUCCAGUUCAAGAGAGUCUCCCCCCCUGAGGAAUGAGGUCAGUGUUACUCUUUGUCCUGACAAGUUGUCGCUUGCUUUGCUGAACUCCGAAGGUCAGUGCACAGAGCUGCUGAACAUGGGACUUGGCGUGUGAAGUUGUGGCCACGAGACAGUGGGGACUUCUUCAACGUACUCCCUGACUCUGUUGUGCACGUGAAAUCCAAGUCACAAUUUAUCAUGCUUCUUUCAAGUCCGCAUAGAGUGAUCUAGAAAUAAUUACCUAUGCUAAGAAUUGUGUUUGUUCACUAAAUAAUAAAUAAAAAUCAAACAUCCUUUAAUAUAAUUUUUGGAUCACAGAGCCGGUGAUUUAAAAGAGGGCGGUUUCCUGGAUUACUGUCGGGAGCCACAAAUCUUUUCUAUCACCCUCACGCGACAAGGUGUGUGUCACCCGUCGUAAUGUAACUGCCACCACUGAGAACCAGACAGACGGAAUGAGCAAUCCUGGUUCCAUCUUGAAACAUUCAUGCCGUCUUAUAUCUACACACCUCAACCUCAUUUUUUGGAAACUGGAUUUGCACUGAAGUCUGAUUCACUUGUUUGUCCCUCCUGUAUUUCGGGACUUCCCUGGUCUGUCGACAGCCUCGCCCUUCCAGGACAAACAGGUGCUGGCAUUUCUUCACACCCACUCCUCCAAUGCACGUGAUGCUGCCUGUCUGAGCCCAUGGCCCUUCUGAGGUCACUGUUUGGCAGCCUGCUUCAUGCAGAACCAUUAUUUACCCUGCCCCCCUGUCCACAGAGGCCCACUGACCUACAAAGCGGAGAGCAGAUUUUACCGGGUUUGUUGUCAAUCGCUGUUAAAGCAGCCACACAAGGAUCACGGAUACAAUGCUGUCAUUAUACUGAGUGUCUUCUGAGCUUCAUGUGAGUUAUGCUUGUUAUACCCCAUAUAUAUAUAUACAUAAAUAUAUAUAAUUUAAUUUUUUUUCUAUCUUAUAAAAACUAUUUUUACUCCGUGUGAAACCCUUAUAUCCACAGAAUGCUGAACCUUGUAAAUGACGCAACACAUGGCGCUUUUUGAUGACAUCACACUACCAAACAUCGGUGGUCAUUCUAUCACAUUUUUUUGUGUUAUUAUCGUAUUAUCUUGGCUCCUCUCAAUUCUGGAUGUAGAUUGAAUUAGAAAAUUGUAUCUAUGUAAUAUCAACAUCCAGAACCACCAUGUGUUUAUGUCCAAACAUGGCGUUUUCUAAACAAUGUGGACCAGAUUUCCCUGAAACGGUCACAUUGCCACACAAAGACAUGGUUUGAGGUGGCUGAACUGAAAUGUAAAAUUGAAAUAGUUUCUCGCUGUUGACUGCACAAGUAUUGAUGACAAGCUCAAAUAUAUAAAUAUUUGACUUUUUUUCCCACUCCAUCAAUGUCAAGUAGACUCGAAUGCCGCUAGUGAAUAAGUUGUUUUUAAACCUGGGAAAACAUCUGUAAUGGUGCCUUGCCUUUUGUGCCUUUUGGAUUUGAUAGCGAUGGUCAAUGAACACAUGACGGAAGCAGUUGUCAACAGACUUGGUGUUGAUUUGUCCCCUGGGAAAACCUUGGGUAUCAGACAAGGUAUCACAGAUGGGAAGUCCAAGCUCCUCUAACAGUGUUCUCUCUGAGCUGUUAUGUCACUCGCCUGUUGAAUAUGAUCACUGUCAGCCAGCCUUAAAGCCGGGCACGAUGGCCCUGCGCCAAGCGUGUCUGUUCGUGUAGUUCAAGGUAAGACUCAUUGGGGUAUUAAGUUCACUUGAAGUGCAGGGUGAGAAGCCUUGCAGCUCCCUGAUGGUUUCCCAUGUGCUUUAUUUGCAUUGGGCUCAGAGCCCUCCAGUGUUUAUCAGCCAUAUUUGCUUGUAAAAAGGGGUCAGUGGCUCUGAAGCAAGUCACGUGUUGCCCUGAGGAUGUGUUAAUGUUUAAACAAGGUAGUUUGUUUUGCUGCACGUUGAGAUAUCUGCAGCAUUGUUUCCUAGUCACAUGACCUGUUCUUAUAAAUGCGCCACUGACAUGUUGCUCUCACGAGUGACGCACGCGUGUGACGGUCUAAUGAAGGCUUGCUUGAGUUUUGCUCAAGGGCGUUCGGAAAGUUAAUGUUCAAAUCAAUGACGCCUCUAUUAGCAAGAGACCACUUGAGAGGCUCACUGGGCAAUUCAGGGGUUCAGGUGCCGAAUACAUUCAAGGCCCUGCAGAAUCUUCCCCAAGGUUUGCAACCAGAUGAGAUGCCAAGGUUCGGCCAGCCUGGGCAUGAAAGUCUGUGAUGCUGGUAGUAAUGUGAGAUGUUCCCCUGGUGUGUCUCCGUGUUCGUGGAAUGCGUGUGCACAAACUGAUGGAGCUUCUGAUAUCGGCAUGAGAAAAAUGAGCUGCGACUGCAGUAACUUUACACCAGCAUGUACAAACAUUUGAGCUGGAGGGCCCAGCCUGAGCCUGUGUGUUGGCUCUGUGUGGCCAAAUGAGAGGUCUCCACACAGUGCUUCUAAUCCACCUGCCUCCUCUGCGUCUCACAGAGAAGGCGUGUGUUCUCAUGAAGGUCCAUUACCACUGACACUGGGCUUGUUUGGACACUCACUGUACUGGGUGAGAGAUUGAGUGGCUUAGUUGAUGUGAGACUGAAUAACAGGAAGAGUGAUAAGAUCAUGUCAGGCAGAUACAUGUGAGAAGAUGAGGAAAAAAGUGGCGCAGAAGACGAUGAGUUGAAGAAGUGGAUGACAGAGGGGUGGUGCUUGUAGGUGUUGACCUGGCUGUAAUCUGUAUUGUCCUGCUCACCACCUCUGGAUUUAUCCCAUUUAAGAGUGACCGACCAGCGCACGUGUGUUUACCUUUCAGACUGUGGGUGUGUACGCAUGAAUGUGUGCUAAGGUCUAUGUGCAUGUGUUUUUACUGCCACUAUCUCAGGAAGGUUGGUCUUGCGCACUCCACCCUGCUGACUCUUAAAAUAAGCACUACUUUGUGCGUGUGUGUGUGUGUGUGUGAAAUUAGGAAUUGAUGGCAGCUGAGUACAUGAAAACUUCAAACUCAAACAAACCAUUCAUAAAGCCGACACACAAAAGAAAUUGAACGCGCGCUAACAUAAAUAACUUUGUGUUUGUGUACACUUGAGUGUAGACAUCUGCGCGGAGUAUUCCUGGAGUUGUAGCGCUCUUGCUUAAGUACUACUUACCGUAAUGACAGGAUAUCCCUGGCUGCACCUACUUCGUAAUAAUCAUCUUUCUCUCGUCCGCCUGCUGCUUAUCACACUUCCUUUCUGGACUUUCUCGUGUACCAGAAAAGUGCCCGCUUUCUGGGAAACACUGCUGCUACACUUUCGAAUGUGUUGGAGCUUGGAAAUCGUAAUGACUAGCAGUAACUAGCAGGGUGUCCAGGGGACACCUUCCACUAUAAAUGGGACGCCACUGUUUCUGUGGUAUUGUUGCUGAAUGUGAUUUUAAAAUAAGAAUUCACAGACUCCGGCCUUCGAAAUUCUGCCGCAUGAUGUGGUUGAGCGCUUCUGACUUGGUCCUUAAAGAUGGAAGAACAUUGUUAGGGCCCUGAACAAUGCUGAGGACUUCCUAGCUACUGCGUGGUUUCUCCUGAAUAGUCAGCAUCGCAGUGUGAAAUGCAGUUUAGUACUUGGGUCGAGGCAAUGAGCAGAGCUCUCCUCCCCUUAAGGAAGACUGUUAAGUCUUUGCUGCACCUUGUUCAGUUUCUUGCUGUUAAAUGUACCCUAAAAUACCAGUGCACCUCAAACUGCACAUUAAAUUAUUAACAGGUUAAGGGAGUUGUAAGUGAGAAGUAAGCUGUUGGUGGUCAGGACCACGUAUCGAGCCCCCGAUUCAACAUGUGAGCCGUGCUAUCUCCCGCGAUACGUGCUUCACAAUGGCGCUUUUAUCUUGGUUCGUGGGUCAUGGCGUUAAGUGUACCUUGAUACAUUGGUUCAGAUUCAGCCAAUGAAUGACCCAUUCUUUGGUUGAGUGACAGGUCAGAGUGUGAUGUGUACCUUGGUGCUUCUCUUAAGAUGCGAUCACAGUGGAGUAUGGACAUUUAUUCAGUGGUCAGGAAUCAAUACAUGCUGUGAUAAGCUGGACUGAUGGAGCUAAUGUAACUUGGUACAUUAGUAAUGUAUAGGCUAUAGCAGAGUAUAUGGGGUAUAUUGAACAUGUCUUUGAUGCAAAGUUGCAACAGAAUGAUGUAACACUCUCUUCCAGACAGUCCUCCUAACAUUAGAUUAGAUGACCAUUUAUAGAUUUAAAUGAUACAGUCCAUAACCCACCGGUGUGGACGGGUUGUGGGUGAGAGGAAAGCUGUUUCCUCUUCUAACUCUCUUCCUUCUUCUGGGCAGAGGAGGAGGAGUUAGUCUGAGCUGUGGGAGGAGAGCGCAUAUCAUCCUGAGGAGCACAGACUGUCAGGACUGAGGGACCGUUCUCCUGAGUUUGGACCGCAGCUGUGAAGGUUCUUCUGACAGCUGCUUGAGCAGUGAAUGCAUCUGCAUCUGCCGCCUAACCCCCAUCUGGAUCACUGCCGACCUAACUGAGGUGGCUUGGUCAGUUUGGUUGUGGAAUUUGACCCCAGCUGACCCCCUCCCCGAAGAACCCUUUCACUGAACCGGACUGUGGAUCAUAAGGAUAAAGGAAGCAGAGGAGCAGCACAGAAGGAGGGAGAGCAGCGGCAGCACGAGUGCUCCUCCAGGAUGCCAGUGGAGACCCUGCGGCCCUCGGAUGGCCGCCUCGCUGGGGUCGCCUUCACCUCGGCCAUGCCCUUUCGGAUACUCAACAAGGGCCCAGACUACUUCCGGCGGCAGGCUGAGCCUGGAACCCGCAAACUCAGCGCUGUGGAGCGCCUGGAGGCCGACAAGGCCAAGUACGUGAAGAGCCAGCAGGUGGCCCUCACUCGCCAGGCGCCGGUCAAACCGCCAAUCAUCCGUAAACCCCUCGUCCCUCCAGGGAUGAUGCUCCAGUGCCAAAUAAGUAGCCCACCUGCCCGAAAAGUACCACGCUGCCCAGCCGACACAGAGAACCGAGGGAGGAGGGACGGCCCGGCACUCAGACGGGGCCCCGCUCUGAACUUGGAUAUCCUUAACAAUCUUAUCAAUGACGUGUGUGACGGCCCACUUCCCAGCUCCCAGUCGUCCUCGUCCACCUCGCCCUCCUCCUCCUCCCCAUCAUCAGGAGCAAAGAGCAUCGGCAGCAGUCUGUCAGCAGAGCUGGAGCGCAGUCCGCGACUCCUCAGCCACAAGCCCAUCAACCAGGGCACCACUUCUUCCUCCACUUCUUCCUGCACAUCCUCAACGCUCAACAACAAAUUGCGGAGCCCCCCAGCGGAACCCAACCGCCGGCCUCCCCCUAUCCCUGCUCGAGUGCCCUUCAUCGGAGCUCCAGCACCGUACACCUCCCCAAACUCGGUUACAGUUCGCAGGGUGGACGUCCGGCCUCACGCAGAGAUCAGGCGGACGCCACUCCGGGCCCGUCAAACUGCCCAGGGUCAGGUCCCUCACCCUCAGGUCCCACCGCCACCUCCACCUUCUCAUCCGCCCCAAACCCCUCCUCACCCUCAGAGCAGCACCCAAACCUCACCUCCUUCGUACAAACCGCCGAGCCCCCUAUUGGCUAAAUCUGGAAUGAUCCCUCCAUCUUCCCCUGCUUUCACUCGCCUGUCAAAUGCCAGCUCCAAAGGUUCUGGACGUAAACACCCUGCCUUGCAUCGCUCCAAAUCUGACCUCAGCGACCGGUACUCCCGGGCCACGGCAGACAUGGAGCGCUUCUUCAACUACUGCGGCCUGGACCCUGACGAAGUGGAGGGGAUGGGCGGCGUGGAGCGUUUCACCCGCGCAAACUCGGACAUCGUGUCCAUCUCCAAACUCCGCAGCGUCAGCACACCCAGCUCCGAGUGCGCGGACGACGCCGAACAGGCGCGGGAGAACGGCGGGGACGAGGAAGACGAGGACGGACCUGCCGGGGGCAACGAACGGGUCCCGUACGGCAUCUCUGUGAUCGAGCGGAACGCCCGGGUCAUCAAGUGGCUGUACGGCAUCCGCCAGGCGCGAGACGUCGGCAGCGGCGUCUCAAACGUGUAGGACACUAGAAUGCAAGUCUGAAGCUGGCGGCCUUACCUGACCUUUACGGAUCAGCACCUGCUUUGGUUCCGUUUCCUGUGAAGACUUUUUAUAAAUCUGGGCUGCAAGUCAGGUCUGCUGCUGGAGUUUUGUCUCCAACAGUGUUGUAUACGAAGCAAUAAUUGACUGGAUGGAACGGUACUGUGUGUAUGUGUGUGUGGGUGAGUGAAGGAAAGCCACACUUGAUACUGUGAAAUAUCACAUUACAGUCUUCCAUUAUCACAUUUUUUAAGAAGCUUCAUGGCUCCUCGACUGUUAUGAGUUGUUUUCUAUCAGCAUGCCAGUAUAUAUCCACUUUGACAAAGCACAUCCACAUCAAGUCACAUGCGGGUCAGUUUGAGUCAUGUUUCUCUGUGGCCAAGUUGUGUAUCGCGCACUCCCUGGUUCUGCUGGUGCAGCCAGAGAAGUCUGUUUACGUCAUAUGUCAGUGCGUCAUGUGAUCUCAGAAGAGCUGCGUGUGAGGUCAUUAAACCGUGAGAGAGAGAGAGCGACAGGAUCAUGUGAUCUCAGGAAGAACUUGGCAGAAGAAUUGACCGAUAUUUAUUUGGAUAAUUUAAGGUAUUUUUGUAAAGACAUUGUACAUAGUUUUUUUUGUUAAAGUGCAAUCUAUUUCCGUCACGUUGAGAUGAAACAUGCAGGAGAUGUCGCUCGCGUUUCUCCAGCUGUCACAGGUCGAUGAUGUCACUUUGAGAGGAGAGCGGCGACGCUGAAGAAUAAAAAACGUACUGUGCAAGCCCAAAGACUUUCAAGUAUGAUGUACAAAAACGCUUUACCAUGGUGUCUUUGAAACAAAUAAAAUGGUUCAAGUUUCA